AUGGAAGAAGACUUAAAAGAUUUCACAGUUGUUACAAAAGCUACUCCCUUUGCAGUUGCCAGUAAUAUCAAAGGAGUUUCAGUUCAUCACGUCAAUUUAACGCAUUCAGUAAUUGUCUACUUUGUGACAUCAGAUAUGGCUGCUGCAGCUUUAUAUAUGACUAUUCCUGAUCUUAAGAUCGAAACAUUUUGUGAUUUCUCUCAAUACAAAGCUGAUAUGCAAUUCAAUGAAAAAACCAUUUAUGUUACUGACAUUCUACUACAAAUGAAACCUGCCAAUUUCAAACAG